CGCGCUUUUACCGCAGUAUCUCUGGAUUAGUGCGCGCGCUGCAGCACUCCGCUCUGUUCUCAAACGGGAAGAACGAGAACAACCGACCCACCGAGCAGCGAAGACGCGUCGGCUCGCAUCCACCAGCACGAGCCGUUUCACUGCGCUUAUUUAACGCGGUUAUAAAAGCGGCGCGCACCGGAGACAUGGCCAAAGACGACGAGAAGAAGGAAACCGGGGAAUGGAAGGAAUUCUUCUGGAACCCGCGGACGCACGAGCUGCUCGGUAGAACGGCAAGCAGCUGGGGUCUGAUCCUGUUGUUCUAUCUGAUCUUCUACACAUUUCUGGCUGGCAUGUUCUGUCUCACCAUGUAUGUGAUGCUGCUGACGCUAGAUGAUUAUAAGCCCACUUGGCAGGACCGUCUGGCUACACCAGGUAUGAUGAUUCGGCCAAAAGGCGAUCUACUAGAAAUCGUGUAUAAUAUGAAGAACACAGAGAGCUGGGACACAUAUGUUCAGGCUCUGGAUAACUUCCUUGCACCUUAUAACAACUCUCAGCAGGUGAUGAAGAACGACGCCUGCAUCCCGGAUGACUACUUCAUCCAGGAGGACAGCGGAGAGGUGCGCAACAACCCCAAACGCUCCUGCCAGUUCAACCGCACCAUGCUGGAAGAAUGUUCCGGACUCAGCGACCACACGUACGGAUACCAGGACGGAAAACCCUGCGUGCUUAUCAAACUCAACCGGGUGAUUGGGCUGCGGCCAGGUGAGAAAGGAAAGUCUCCGUAUGUCACCUGUCGAGCAAGGAGGUUUAAAGAUGGAGAUGAGUGGAAGGAAGAUUCAGACAAAAUCGGCCCAAUCACAUACUUCCCUCCAAAUGGAUCCUUCAACCUCAUGUACUAUCCAUACUACGGCAAGAGAGCACAGGUGAAUUAUUCUCAGCCCCUGGUGGCUGUGAAGUUCAUGAACAUCACUCUCAACACGGAUGUCAACGUGGAGUGUACGAUCAACUCCAACUCUAACAGCACUCAGUUCAAGAUCAGCGAAAGAGACAAGUUCGCUGGCCGCGUGAUCUUCAAGCUGCGCAUCGACACAGAGUAGAGCAACUGCAUCUGCCACACACACACACACACACACACACACACACACACACACACACACACAGGAGAUUCAUAUUUCAAAGUGUUCAAUGUAUUUGUCUGUCUCCAUUCUCCUGUAUUCAUGACGGUCUCUGUGUGCAUGUGUGCAUGUGUGUGUGUGUGUGUGUGUGUGUGUGUGUCUUUGUAUCUCUGUGUGUUUUGAGUAUUCUUGACUGUCGUCAUAUCCAGCUGAUAUCGUUCCAAAGUGAAAUCAAGAGAGCAGGAAAAUAUCGUCUCUAAAAAUAAUCAUCACAAACAAUCCAGUGAAUCAUCACAAUCAUCCAAAACCUGCCAAGAAAUUAUAUUUCAGAUGAAGAAAACGUGCUUAACUUUUGUCCCAAAUAUAGAAAAAUAACAUCAUGAUGCAAAAAAUAUAUAAUAGGCUUCAUUUUCUGUAUGCAAAAUAUAAUUUCUUACUUCAUUCGUUUGAUGUUGAGCUAAAAUGUGACCUGGAUUCACUCGUUUAGUCUAUAUAAUGAAUUUACAUGACUGAGUGUAUAAUAAAUUACACAAAUUAGGUCAAAUUUGGUUUAGGAAAUCUGUAUAUAUAUGAUGAAUUAACAAAACAGAGGCAUAAAAUCAUUACAGACUUGAAUUAUCUGUCACAUAUCGCUCUCUUAACCUGAUAUUAUCUGUUUUAUCCAUUUGUUCAUUUAUUUAUUUCAGAACUAAGGUUCAUUUAUAAUGUUAUUUAUUUAUUUAUUUUCUGAUUUGUGUUUUUUAUUUUGUAUAUAUAUGACGUUUGUGAAGACACUUUUGUAACAUUGUAAUGUUCACCAACACCCCCCCCCCCACACACACACAAUUAGCUGACGUUCUGCACAUGCUCAGAUUGCACUCGAUGACGGACACAUUAGCCAAUCAGCUUCAAGCUGCGCUAUAUCAGUUUGCCAUUAAUUUGCAGUUAGUUUGCAUAAUUACUAAAUUUCGUCCAGAUCGGUAUGACCAAUCUUUCUAAAUGUGCACACAGCAAUACCUUCUGGACUUGUAAAUAAUAAAAAAUCGGAGGUAUUCAACGAAAAGAGUAGAAGUGAAGAAAACAUGUAGAUUAAAAUUUGCCAAUACAAUACGUAUUAAUGUAGAUGAAUGAACAAAUGUGUUUUCUUCCCAAAAAGUGUUUUUUUUAACUUAUUUGUUGUUGAGCACAUCAUGGGUUAGCGCUCGUUAGCACAACGCAAACAUUAGCUGCAUAUAUUUUUUUUGUAUUUUUAGUUCGUUUAUGCCUAGCUUGGUAGAAUCUUAGAUUUUUAUCAUGUGAUUUGACAUUUCAUGUGAUUUUGACAGUCGAACGGAAUAUUCAGAUUCCUGAUUUGUGAGCGAGACUUUAGCGUAGUGCAUAUUAGCGAAGCACUAGCCUGCCAGUGUUUUGUUUUCUUAUGUGUUUCACACAAUCCUACUUUUUGGCCCCACUUGUGAAUGUGCUGCUCUACUGGGUUACUGCCAGAGUGUUGUGCGUUUGAAACACUGGAGGGUGUGUGUUAGAAAAGUGUGGGAAAAAAAGAGCCAAAUGUGGCCAAACUUUCAAAUUAACGUCACUAGUCCAUCCUUACUGCCUGAUGUUGGGAUGGGUUCAAUGUUUACACAGAGCAGUGACUAAUAACAAGAUUAGCCACGUGCUAAACUUACGCUGCCUGCCAUACGUUUACUAAGAUCUACUUCACGUGUGCUGCCUGACUGCUCUACAUCAUGGGAUAGAUUUUAUAUGUUUUUAAGAUACCAUAAAUCGAAUUAUUGCACAUUGUUUCUGACUUCUGAACUUCAGAUGCAGCAGCGAUGCGUAUUAGCACGUCGCUGCACAGAAUGUUUGUACACCGCGAGUGUAGAUCACGCACAUCAUUCACACGGUUUAUUCAUUUCCAUUAGAUGGAAAUUCGGGGACAUCAUCACCAUUUGAACAGCGAAUGAAAUCACGGUCGUGGUCGCAGUUACCGUUACUUUGCGUGAAUUUCUGUGCGAUCGGGUGUUGCGUGUGAGAGUGAAAACGUUCCCAUGCUGACCAACAGAAAGCCACGGACUCCUAUUUCCACCACCUAAGAAAAAAAAUGUUUAAGUGAUUUUAAAAGUCAGAAUUGGGAGAUGAAAUGAUAACGAUACUUUGACUUUAAAUC